GCUGGUGCAGUUGAGCUUGAGCGCCUCUCGUGUCUUUCGUGUAAGUACAGUAUGAUUCGCACGCGAGAGUCGUACGGAUCGUCGUUCGGCUGUCGUAAGUCUUGUUUCCGACGUGUUCCCUCCUCGUCGUUGCUCUGCCCCAACGAGUGCACUUUACCCUAUAACCUAUGGAUAAUUAUGCGAGGGGCUGCAUACAGUGGGUACGGUGCUCAUUGAUCACCUAAUUCGGAGACUCGUCGCUAAUAUCAGCAACAAAAUAAUACGCUGUGGCUACAUCCAUAGUAUAAUAUGAUCUAAGCUAAAUACUGACACAAUACUAACUGACGAUGAGAACAUUAAAGCGGUUACCCACUUGUGACUUGAACUGUAUCAACUUCGAUCGGUUUUCAACACAGAAAUAGAAGAAGAAAAGUCGUCAUACAUAGUUUAUAUUAUUGAAAAUUACGACAAGAAUGAUAAUGAACGAGACGAACGAAAAUCAUUUUAACUGUUUUAGUUAACAUUUAAGAAUUUUAAUUAAGUAGAUAAGUGAUCUAAGUUUCUGAGCACUUACCAUAAACUAUUUAAAAUAGUUAAGAAAAAUUUGGUUAGAAAAAACCACUAUGAACUAAUCAAACGUACAUAUUAUAAAAGCAUAUAUAACAUACAGAGGCCAUGUCACUGCAGAACAACCUGUAUGACGACGGUGGCGGCGGCAAGAGUGGUCAGCUGAACUUGACUGCGGAAAAUGCGUGGGACAACGACUUCAUAAUGCCCAAACGGGAUCCUCUGUACAUAGUCGUGCCCAUGACCAUCAUGUACUCAGUGAUAUUCGUGACGGGCGUCAUAGGCAACUCCAUUACCUGCAUGGUGAUCGCCAAACACAAAUACAUGCACACGGCCACCAAUUACUAUUUGUUCAGUUUGGCCGUGUCCGAUCUCAUACUGCUGGUGUCAGGGUUACCGCAGGAAAUGUGGUCCAUUUGGUCCAGAUAUCCAUAUGUAUUCGGUGAAAUAUUUUGUCAGCUCCGAGGUCUGUUUUCCGAAAUGUCUGCCAAUGCAACCGUACUUACCAUAACCGCGUUCACGGCCGAGCGGUACGUGGCUAUUUGCCACCCAUUCAUGGCGCAGAGCAUGUCAAAACUUUCCAGAGCAGUAAAACUUAUCAUCAUCAUAUGGCUGGUCUCUAUGUUGUUUGCUAUACCCCAGGCGUUGCAAUUCACCGUCUCGUCGUGGAACGGUUCGUCGGAACUGAUGCAGUGCAAUAUCCGGAGCAUACCUCUGAUGGACACAGACAUCGAACUGUCAACCGUGUCGUUCACGCUGUCCACGCUGCUGUUUUUCUUGCUUCCAAUGACAGUGAUCACUGUACUUUACGCACUCAUCGGACUUCGCCUCCGGCGCUCCGACAAAUUGAAACGAACCAUCACGGUACGAUCGACCCACGGCGAGAAAAAAAUGUCGUCGCCCGAAUACAGGGCCAACUCGUCGCCGAAAGUCCUCAAAAUGCUCGUGGCCGUCGUGGUGGCGUUUUUUAUCUGCUGGGCCCCGUUUCACGCGCAAAGGCUUAUCGCAAUAUUCGGGUCCAGUCACGCAUCUUCCGGUAACUUGGACGCGGAGGACAUUCCAUUUCUCCAUCAGCUGUACGGCAUUUCCACGUACAUCUCCGGCGUGCUCUACUACGUGUCCACCACCAUCAAUCCAAUACUGUACCAUAUCAUGUCACUGAAAUUCCGUGGAGCUUUCAAGGAAACGGUGUUACGGUGUUGUGGCGGCGACAGCGGCUGCAGUAGUAACGACGGAUGGCCCGGAAGUGGUCAACGGCGUCCGUCGCGGUGGGCGCGGAGGAGGCUGCGCAGCGACUCGUCCGAACCGGCGACCGACGACCGCCGACCGAAGUAUAGGCGCGUGUCCGGUCGGGCGACAUCGUCCGUCGAGCUACCCGCCGACGACGACGACGGAGAUGGCGACGAAGUCGUUUGCAGUGGCAGCGGUCAUCACGUCCCCGGCGCCGGACUCGCCGACUGUUGGCGGCGAGCGCUGACGGGCUCGGCGGAGGGCGGAAAUGCCAAACGACACAACGGCAGCAGCUGUAACAGCACCGGAAGUGGCGGCGGAGUUAAUGGCGGCCGCGGCGACGACGAUGAAAGCUCUACCACGUCCGCGCCGCUCGGUAGGGCCGGCGCCCGGGGACCGCGUCUAGUGAAAGUGCCGCCGGCGAUAGCGCUCAGCAAUUGGACCGUUAUCAGCAACAGCAGCCUCAAGGAUGUGGACGGCGACGACCUGCGCGACGAGCUCGUCGGUUACGCGGCAGACGCGUCAGUGGCGAUCGCCGGCGGCCAAAACGGCGUCGCCGGCGAGUAUUAUUGAGGGGCGAUGUAGGGUAUUCGUUCCGUCAUGGGCGCAACUAGGUGAGGGCAUGGUGUUGGAGGGCUUAAGUUAGCCCCCUCCCCGAAUGUGAUAGGUAUAUUGGAUAGAGAGCCGCGAAAAAUGUUUUCUUCGACGAGACAUACAAUUGGCUGAGAACCGCGAGUACGCUGCAAGACUGUUUCUCAAAUUUGGCUAAUGCAUAGAUUUACUGUACUAUGUAAUCAGUGUCGUGUACUCGUGUGACAAUAUUAUACCUGCUUCAUUUUUUUUUCAAAAUAUGAGAAACACACUUUUUUACUGUAAGUUACCUAUUGGCUAUUAAGCUGAUGUUGUGCUUAUAAAUCUAAAUAAUAUUGAAAACAUGGUCACUAUAAGUACCUAUAUUUAAAAAUUCCAACGAUCAGAAUUUAAAUAUUUUAUUAAGCACAUUAUUAAACGUAUAACUGGGGUUGUGCAUGCGCUUGGUGAAUCAUGUUGAAUGAAUAUUGAUGUACAUUUGUAUUUAUUACAAGCCAUUUGAAAAUAUACCAAAAUAUGAGGGCUACACGCCUAUACAGAUCCCCAAAAAAAUUGAUCCUAGUUGCGCUUUUGGGUUCGCCCCCAAGCGGAAUAUUAUGUAUGCCGAGAAUGUAAUCUAUUUAAACAUAAGUUUCGUUUCAUGUGUGUGUUGUGUGUGUGUGUGUGUGU